AUGCUGAGAACUGGCUUUGUGAUUUGUGUGGUUCUAACACAGCUUUUGAAUGAACUCUUGGCUAUUCGGAUUCACUGCCGUCACACGGACAGUAUUCAUGAGGAGAACAUUCACCACUGCUGCCAGCAUCCCGAUGGUCAAAACGAAGUCACUGAAAUGUGUGCCAAGAAGACCAACUUUCGACUGCCGAAUCCCGAUGAGGAGGCCAUCGAGGAUGUGACGGUGGACCAAGCGAUGGUCGGAACCUGCUGGGCGAAAUGUGUCUUCGAUCAUUACAAUCUAAUGGAGAACAACACCCUGGAUAUGGUCAAGGUUCGUUCCUAUUACAAAAGGUACCAUACAUUGGAUCCGGAAUAUGAAACAGAAAUGCUGAAUGCCUAUGAGAGAUGCCACUCAAAAUCUGAGGAUGCCACUGAGCAGUUUCUAUCGCUUCCAAUUGUUAGGGCCUUUGCCACCUCCAAGUUCUGCAAACCAACCUCCAGUAUUAUUAUGUCCUGCGUUAUCUACAACUUCUUUCAUAACUGUCCAAAGAGUCGAUGGUCGAACACCACUGAGUGCGCGGAAACUUUAGCCUUUGCCAAAAAGUGCAAGGAUGUGCUGACAACAAUGUGA